GGUUUUCGGGUCAUUUUGUUGGAAGUCGACUGGUCGCUUCAAAUCAAUUCCACUGCAGUAUUGAGUUCAAAUCCAAAUAGAAGAAAUAAAUCCCUGAAACUCUUCUCUCUAGCAAGAACUGUAGGGAUACAUCUAUAUCCGGCUACCUGAUUCUAUAUAUAGCUCGAUGACCACGUCGCGGUUUAUGGACAAACAGAUCAUGGAUCUAUCGAAUUCGAAGAGCAACGACGAUUUCAUCGAUCUCAAGAACCCUCAAGGAGACCAUAUCGGCCUCGGCAAGAAGGAAGAAAUCGAGCCCAGCUACGAUUUUCAACCUAUUCGUCCGAUCGGAGCAUCGCAACCGUCGAAUUCUGAUUCGGGUAUUGUCGGCGGAACCAGGGCUUGGAACUCUGUUGACUCAAAGACCAAUACUACUGGUAUUGGCUUUAAUAAUUAUAGUUCUCUCGAGUCCAUUGAACCUGGAAAAGUCAUUUCAGAAAAGGAUCGAAAGGCUAAUAAUGCAGCUCUGGUGUCCGAGAUUGAUCAGGCCAUGAAGAAGCAUGUUGAUAACCUACUGCAUGCACUAGAAGCUGUUAGUGCACGAAUAUCUCAGCUGGAGAGCAGAACUCGCCAUCUUGAGGAUACAAUGGAUGAUUUGAAGGUUUCUCUUGGGAACAAUCAUGGAAAUACUGAUGGUAAACUGAGGCAGCUGGACAACAUUGUUAGAGAGGUACAAGCUGGUGUUCAGGUUAUAAGGGAUAAGCAAGAUAUAGUGGAGGGUCAGCUUCAGUCUGCAAAGCUACAAAUGUCCAAGGUAGAGCAGCAAACAGAAACUCAAAACACUGUUCAAUCAGAUUCUUUGCAACAGGUUGCAUCUGCUUCUCAGCAGUCUCACCAACAGCUUCCCCCUGCCAUUAUACAACCACCUUCUUCUAUACCCUCACUGCCCAAUGUUCCUCCACCUGCUUCAUCGCACAAUCUGCCUCCUCCAGUUCACGUUCCAAACCAGUUUCCUUCUAGUCAGAAUCCUUUUGUGGCUCCUAAGGAACCUUUUUUCCCUCCCAGUCAGAAGCAAGAACCCACAAAUCAGCAGUACCAUGUGCCUUCCUGGCAGCUGCAAGCCCCUUUUUCAACACCCCCCUUGCAGCCCUCUGUUCCAGCGCCACCACCACAACAAUACCAGCCACCUCCUCACCCUCAAUAUUCUCAGACUACCACUCCGCCUCAGCAGCACCCGUCUUUCUCAACAGUUUCUCCUCAAACUCAACCUCCGCUGGGGCACCAUCCUGAUGAAGCACCCUAUCCUCCGCCUCAGAACUAUCCACCAAGCCUGCACCAGCCUCCACAUCCCCCCGGUGGAAAUCAUCCCUCCCAACAAUUUUAUGGGGCUCCGUCCCAAAUAUACGAGGCACCAUCCAGCAGACCGGGUUCUGGGUAUUCUAAUGCAUAUGGCCCUUCAUCUGGGGCGAAUGAACCUUAUCCUUAUGGCGGACCCCCAUCUCAGUAUGAUGGUGGCUCCAUGAAACAGCAGCAACUUCCUCCAGCUGCAGCCCAGGGUGGUGGAAGCAGCUAUUCCCAGCUUCCCACUGCUCGUAUACUGCCACACGCACUGCCCACCGCAUCUGGGGUUGGUGCAGGGUCUGGUUCUGCUGGAACUGGUAACAGGGUUCCCAUGGACGACGUGGUUGACAAGGUAACAAAUAUGGGAUUCUCAAGAGACCAAGUGAGAGCCACAGUUCGGAAGUUGACAGAGAAUGGUCAAUCAGUUGAUCUGAACAUAGUGUUGGACAAGUUGAUGAAUGACGGUGAAGGCCAGCCCCAGAGAGGCUGGCUCGGUCGGUGAUUGGUCUUUUUGCUUAUGUACAGUUAUUUGUGAGUAUUGUUAUGAACCAACUGCUGGCUUUGCUUUAACCUGUGCCUAUGGGGGAUAAUUUGCUUGUGGAUGAGGGGUGCCCCUUAAAUUUCUUUGUUAUUUUAUUUUAUGCUAAUAUUUUCAUUACAUACUUAUUGCGGAACUUCUAAUUGCGCC